CAGCCUGCUCUAUCUGGUCCUUCCAACGCCGAACCAGGUGGCCGCUCGGUGCCAUGCCCCAGCUUAGCACGGAUGCACUGCUUCCAUGUGUUUGACCUGACCCCUCAUACAUAUCCCCUCCUAUGCCUCUCCGACGCCUUUUCUCCUGAAUCUCCCCCUCGUCCCCGCCGUCAUGGACGACCUCGCCGCCCACCAGCCCCUCAGCUCCUUCGCCCGCAAGCGCAAGGCGACCGCCGACGACUGCCAGGCCCAGGACCCCUCCGCGUCGCCCUCGUCCGCCUCAGACCCCUCCACGUCGCAGCCCAUGCUCGUGGACGCCUGCUCGGGCUCUCCGAGGAUGGGUCUUGCUGCAGCAGCCUGUCAGACGUGGUACGACGAAAGUAAGAGUCCAAUAUCGAUGUGGUCCGCCUCCCCACCCCCGCCACCCGUUCCUCAUUACGAGGACCAGCAAACCGACGGUCAUUCGAGACAAAAACGCCCUCGCCUCGAGAUCCGCACCUCUCCGCCCGCUUCGCCCUCCAAGCGUUCUGCGAGGAAACGUAUUUCAGCGAGAAAUCCCCCCACACCGCAGCGUAUGUUUUCGCGACGCAGACGAAUGGGCGACAUCCAAGACAUGGGCAUCACACCUACGUCCAGCCCCGGUCCAGCCAAAGGGUCCUUGUUGCGUCGAGGGUGCUCCCCGUCUCCUGAUACCGCCAGACCACGCCUCUCCUAUCUUACAAUAGACCCAAAUUCCCCGCACGUCCCGUCUCCCUUCCCUUUAGUUACCAGAGAGACGCUGAAAGAGCUGGACCUCGAGGCUAUCCUGCGCAAUCCCCAGCUAAGACACGACUUGCUGUUUGACCCUGGUCUCCAGUUUAGACCCACUUCCGGUCGCCGGAAACGAGAGCUGUACGACAGCUAUUGGCGUGCGGUCCUUCGAGAACUGGAGACCGGCUGCACGUGCGUGUCGUUCGACCUCGAGGGUGGGCCGCACGAGCGGGUAUGUAUAUGCAACGGCCUGCCUUUACCUCCGUCUUCUCCCAAUUGGCUGGUGUGGAUACAUGCGCAAGACGUCGUUACCAUGCGUAUGCCCUCGCGAAUCCGUCCUCUUCUUGCCGAACUCCUCGAAGUCAUCAUUUCAGUCAUCCAGCCGUCUCUCCACUCUGGGUCUCCAAAUAGCCUCGACGUCACCUCUUCUAUCACCACUCAUGUCCGCCAGCACCCGUCCCAGAUUGAGAGUCUCAAACAGGUCUUCGACCUGGAUCUGAUCGAGCAGGAGUUGCAGCAUAACGUUUUCGAUCCGUCUGGUUUGUUUCGAGUUAUAGGCGACCUGCUAAAGUGCCAUUGCGCACCCAUGCGGGACCGCGCCGUGGAGGCGAUGGUCGCUGCCGCGCAGUCCUGCGCUCCAGGCGGAGGCGGCACUAAAGCGGACGCGGUGAAAGCUAUUCGUAUGUGCUUCGAAGUAUUGGAGCUCAUGAAAUUGGACAUAGCUAACCACCAGCUGCAAGCGUUGCGACCUUUCCUGAUCCAGACAUCCGCCAGUUACGAGCUCAAAGCGUUCCAUGAAAGCCAAGGCUCCGGCGAAUCCUCAGUGCGCGUCACGCGCGAGUGGUUGCAGGCGGCCCACCAUGCCCUCGUCACUUCCCGCGACUCCUUUAUGAAUCACGAGAUCCAUGCGCGUAUGAACUAUCGCAACCUACGCAGAGGCGAUCAAAUCCACUUCUUAACUCUCAGGGCGUUGACAGACAUCGUGUUUGUCCCGCCAGUCCCUGCUCCGUUAUCCCCGACGGCGGAAUCCGCGGUUACCCCUACCUUGCCUUCUCCUCGUACCAGCGCCGCCUCGAUAUCAGGAUAUCCCGAGACGCUUUACCUCGAUCACUCUCGCCUGCACGUUCUCAGCAAAGACGCCGCGGACCUUACUGCCUUGUAUAUGCUGUUGAUGCUGUACCGCCAAUUGGUGCACUCAGAUAGCGGAGCCCGGACGAAGGCCGCAAAGCUCGAUGACGCUGACCUUGUGAAGAUCAAGCGCGAAAUCUGGGACAUCGGCCCCCAUCGGAUCGGCUACUGCUUCUCGCGCGAAUGGCACGACAGGGGGAAGCCUUCCGCGUCUUCCGGUGCGAAAGGCAAGGAGCGCGCCGUCGAGGGGCAGGACGCGGACUGGGUGAAAUGGCACUCGUGCAUGCGGGACGUCAUCCUGCAGGUUGCCAUGCGUGCGACAGCCGCGCGGAACCCGGGCUCAUCGCCCAGCGCCCCCGACGAGCACCUGCUACGGCUCGCUGAGCGGUGGGCCGACUCCAAUCUGAAGCCUGACUCUCGACUGGGCGAACUUCUGCGUGACCGGGUGCGUAACGCCGUGAUGGACGUCGUCAUCGCGCAGGCGGGCUUGCCAUUCCAGCGGCCGAAUGCGAACCGGACUCAGAAAGCGGGUGAUACCGUGCCAGAGACGGUGCUCUCCGGGGCCGGUUUGGAGCCUCUGGCGACCGAAGUGCGACAUCUUGGGGAAAGACUGGGAAAGCUAGCUGUCAUUCACCUGAACACCUACCUUCCGCUCUACGAGCAGGAGGGAUUCCUGGACCUCAGCUCAUAGCGAGUGUUCGUCCGUAUAUCCGACUAUCUUAUAAUUUUGCUGUGCCAUUUUGCGUCGUUGUGCCGCUCCCCCACAUUCCUUCUUCACGUUGGGACUUGUUAUCACGUUUGAACCAUUUCACGAUUGGCCCUUCAACGACUCUUCUUUGUGCAUCGUUCGUAGCAGUAGUAAUAUUGGAACUAAUGCAAUGAAACGCGUCGUAACUGCCACCGUCGCG